AUGGCGGUCUCAGCAACUUCUAAGUCAAAGCCAGAGCUGCAAGUGGUUACCGAAGAGGUCAGCUUUAUCGAGAUCCACCUUCCGAGCGUGGACCCGGGCUUCAAGAACAUCAAGCCCUAUUAUCAGCCGCUCAAAGACCGAUUCAUCCAGGAUCCUGAUACCAGUAUUGACAUAGAAGAUACUGAAGAUCUGAAGCGUGGGAAAAUCAAAUUUCUGGAGACCCUCACAGAGUGGAACGUAAAGUCUCGAUCAAUUGACGGCAAGGACAGCGGGGUAUAUCUGAAGAAUGAAGAGAAGCAUUCCUGGGAAGAUGUGAUAAAUACUCUAGAGAGCGCUUUGACGCGAUAUCAGACCUUGGAAAGCAAAGGCUUCCGCGGGAAGCUGCGGCAUUAUCUGCGGAAAUGCCGUGAUUUGAAAGGUCCUGUUGAGAGCUGGAUCAGAUUGUUGCCGACAGAGUCAUGGCAAGGCUCCUUGCUAUGUGGGGGACUGAAGGUCGUCGUUGGUGUAGCUGCGCAGCUCGAUGAUGUUCGCGAGGAGAUCAACGAUAUGGUCGAACAAGUUCCGAUCGCAAUCCAAACUGCACUGCAUCUCAAGAUGGUGUAUGCAACUAAACAGUUGGACAAAUAUUCUGGAAGGCUGGUCCUGGCAACCAUGGAGUGCAUGCAACAGGCUCUUGAAUACUUCAUGCAGCAUCCUGCGAAGAAAUUCAUUCGCGCGGCCUUCAAAGGCAAGGACUAUGGCAAAUACCUGUCCGAAUCGGUGAAGGACUUCCAGACUCUGUGGGCCACAAUGGACAGGAUAGCCAUGAAUGAGCUGCACGCCAGCUUCAAAGCAAAGUCAGACAGGGAUGAUACAGAGACCAAGACGCAAGGAGCGGAGGUGAUGAAUUCGAUGAAGUCCCUUCUUCGCGAUGCCACCAAGCGACACAGACAGGACAGGCGACUGAAAGCCGAACGAGAAAAACGUCGCGUCAAGAAUGAGGCGACGCGAAGAAUGAAUGAACAAGUGACGGACAUGUGGAAAGAUAUGCUCUCACUGGCAAUAGAGUGGGAUGCCGAACUUGCAAUCACAGAUCUGGCACAAUGUCUUCGCAUUGGGCGCUCCAUGUCCUCGGAUGUUGAGAGCCGCACAGCUUUCAUCCUGAGUUCAGCUGAAGUCACCAAAUGGAUAGAGGACGAUACCGACCAGCGUCUCGUGGUGAAUGCGCGAGAGGGUCGGGCUGACGUGACCAAUUCCACGGUAUCGUUCUUCUCUUCAUUACUGCUGAGUUCCUUGAACGAGCGAGCCACAGGCGUCAGCCUGUAUUGGUUCUGCGGCCAGCACCACCGCGAAGAUCCCAAGACCAUGGUCGUCGAUUUGCUCGGUCAGCUCUUGCAUCAAGGUCUGAAGCACGUCGUUGCAACGAAAUUGCCCAAUCUGUGCCAGGUUCUCGAUUCAAACAAUAUCGCAGACAGUUUCGACACCGUGACCGCUCUGUUCUUCGGCUGCCUAGCUAUGCAGCUGCAAGAGACAGCCGUAUACUGCAUACUGGACUCUUUGUCUCUAUACGAGGACAGGAGAAGAGUGGAUGACCUUGUGCACUUCGUAACGGACUUUUGUCAGGUCACUGGGCGACAUCCCUUGAAACUCCUGGCCACCAGUCCGGUUCAGUGCACCUACUUGACAGCGUCAAGUGAUCUUCCUCCUUUCUCGAUGCUCUGGGUGCCCAAAGCUAUCCCGCGCAACCGAAUCACAUCUUGAGUCUCGGUGUAACAAUGAGCACCACAGUGCGGUGUCGACCUGAGCUUCGACGCAUCUUUCAGUCACUAAGGCACGCUGGGUUCGCCAGGAGAAUUCUUGUAUCAAGUUGAGUUGCCAGCAUACAGGUGUUGAGAACGGCCGCAGUUCCAAUUCCAGCGACGAGAACGACGUGGGAAUCCCGGCUGUAGCAAAGAUGUCGGGAGUCAUGACCAGACGCUGAUAUCGAUCGUGGGAAGAAGGCUCUCAGCGCCAUGCUGGUAAUGAUCUAACUUGUGAAUGAAGAGGACUUCCUGCAUUUUGAAGAAAUUCGUAGUCAGUCCUCAUGAGCCCACAAG